UCACACUGCGAUAUCAAAGGGCCGUCGCGCCACCUGCUCGGCGAUGACGUCAGCAGGGAGCUGCAGCCUGAUUGGCUGAGGCGGGGUAGUGGGCGGGGCCAGCAGCAGGUAUGUUUGUCUGUGUCUCUGCUGCUGGAUGUUUUUUGGAAAAUGUCUUUCAGAAGGAUCUUUCUCGUCCUCUGCGUGAGCGCGGCAGCGCUUUGUGACGUAACGCAUUUGAAAGCGUCCGUCGGCGAACACGCGCAGGCGCGCGCCGUGUCCGGUCUUCUGCGGCGGCUGGUCGGGAACAGGUCUGCCGAAUUCACAGUGGAGGUCCACAGGAACCUGUCCCGGGACGGGCUGGACGUCUGCGAGCUCCGCUCCGCCGGCGACCGGCUGACGGUGACCGGAAGCAGCGGGGUGGCCGCCGCUUCCGGUCUCUACAGCUACUUCAAACACUUCUGCAACUGCCACGUGUCCUGGUCAGGUGACCAGCUGGACCUGCCCCGCCCCCUGCCCAAAGUCAGCGGCAUCCUGCGCAUCAGCACCCCCCACAGGUUUCGGUAUUACCAGAACGUCUGCACGUACAGCUAUUCCUUCGUGUGGUGGGACUGGCCAAGAUGGGAGCGAGAGAUCGACUGGAUGGCGCUCAAUGGCAUCAACCUGCCUUUGGCUUUCACCGGACAAGAAGCCCUGUGGCAGGAAGUUUACCGUGCUCUCGGCUUAAACCAGUCAGAAAUAGAAGACUUCUUUGCUGGUCCUGCUUUCCUUGCCUGGAACCGGAUGGGAAACAUGUUCCGCUUUGGUGGACCUCUGCCGCAGUCCUGGCACGUGAACCAGCUCUUACUCCAAUUUAAGAUCUUGAAGCGAAUGAGGUCCUUCGGCAUGAUUCCUGUGCUGCCAGCCUUCUCUGGGAAUAUUCCAGAAGGAAUCCUCAGGUUAUUUCCAGAAGCAAAGGUAACCAGACUGGGUCCUUGGGCGAACUUCAACUGUAGCAUGUCGUGCUCCUAUAUGCUGGACCCCCGUGAUCCACUUUUCCUCAAGAUUGGCUCCCUCUAUCUGUCCCAAGUGGUCAAAGAGUUUGGGACGGAUCACAUCUACAAUACAGACAAUUUCAAUGAGAUGACUCCGCCCUCCUCUGACCCUGCCUACCUGUCUGCAGUUAGUCACUCUGUCUUUGCUUCAAUGACUUCAGUUGAUCCUCAGGCAAUCUGGCUGAUGCAAGGCUGGCUGUUUUUUAGUGACCAAGCAUUCUGGAAGCCAGAGCAGAUUCAGGCCUUACUUCACGGAGUACCUCUUGGAAGAAUGAUAAUACUGGAUUUAUUUGCAGAAACUGAGCCAAUUUACUCUUAUACCAAGUCAUUCUAUGGACAUACAUUCAUCUGGUGCAUGCUACAAAACUUUGGAGGUAGCAAUGGUUUAUUUGGGACAGUGGAGCGAAUCAAUUCAGGGCCAUUCAAAGCCCUGAGUUUCCCGAACUCCACCAUGGUUGGAAUAGGUAUGACCCCUGAGGGUAUCGAGCAGAACCCUGUGAUGUUUGAGUUGAUGAGUGAACUUGCUUGGCUCAAGGAGCCCGUGAAUUUGACCAAAUGGGCAUCACUGUAUUCUGUACGUCGCUAUGGCAGCAUGCACGAGAACCUGACCACUGCCUGGAAGCUUCUCUUCUCAAGUGUGUACAACUGUACUGUGCCACAUUAUAUAAACUACAAUCUUAGUCCAGUGGUGCGACGGCCAUCACUUCACAUGCACACUGGCAUUUGGUAUGACCCAGCAUAUUUGUACAAAGCCUGGAAGCUGUUUAUUGAGGAAGCGCCAUCUCUCAUGUCCAAGGAAACAUUUCAAUAUGAUCUUGUAGAUGUGACUCGGCAGGCCAUAGAGUUGCUUACAAUAUCUUUUUAUCACAGUAUUGUGGAUGCCUUCCAGAGAAAGAAUCUGACAGAACUAAUGGCUGCAGGUAGUGUGUUGGUCUUAGACCUUUUGCCAGAACUCAAUCGUUUACUGAACACCAAUCGUAACUUCCUUUUAGGAGUAUGGCUGGAACGGGCACGAUCCUUAAGUGUGGAUGAAAAGGAGGCACAGCUAUAUGACAUGAAUGCUAGAAACCAACUUACACUAUGGGGUCCCGAUGGUGAGAUCCUGGACUAUGCCAACAAAGAGUGGGGAGGCCUGAUAGAAGACUAUUAUGCCCAACGUUGGGGCCUGUUUGUCCAAACUCUGGUCAAGUGCUUAAAUAGUGGACAGCCAUUCGAUCAGGAUGCCUUUAACAAGGCAGUUUUCCAGAUAGAAAAGGGGUUUAUUUACAAUGGGCGAAAGUACCCAACCAAGCCUCAAGGAGACCCUUAUGAGACUGCCCACAGAAUCUUCCUGAAGUACUAUCCACAGGCCCUGAAUAGAUUCUCAUAAGCAGAGAUGUCUUUGUGGAAAGUCACAGCACUAGGAAUGCCUUCCUCCAAUUCCUCUUAUUCAGGUCUUUACCAAAACCAUUUUAUUAAAUUAAGUAAGCUUUUGAGAUGUAAUGUGUUAAAUUUUCAGGAAAUCUGUUUUUGCACUUGUGGUGAUGUCAGUGGUGGUGGUUGUACAUAUGCGAUUUACAUGCACACUGAUCAAUGUCAAUGCAUUUUAUUUAUAAAGCACCAAAUCACAAAAUAAGUCGAAGGGGAAGGGCUACCCUCACCAACCCCCUGAACAAGCAUGUAGAUGACAGAGAUCAAGAAAAACUCCCUCAGGCUUUUUUAGAGAAAGAAACCUCAAGCAGACCAGAUCCGGGUGGGGUGACCCACAUAUUAGGUCAAACUAACAUUAACAGGGAUCAAAUAAAGAAACACAACAAAGAAUUAUCAAGCUUCUGAAUUCAGUGGAAUUAGACCAAAUAAGCUCUCCAGAUGAGCUUAGUGUCGAGCUGGCUAGCAUGUCCGUUAGCACUGGCUGAGCUCUCCCGGUUAAAGAAAAUGGCUUUAGGACUGUUGUUAGACAAAAGAAGUCGCAUAGGGCCUGUUGCCUGGCUGUGGUACCCGGAUCACAGUUGCCGCUGCCAAUUGUGAACAAUUUUUCACCCUUGGACAUGCCUGUUGAUAGUAAUGAUGAGGCAUUUAGCAGGCUGACAUCAUUGAAUAGGUGGCUGGCUCAGUUUUGUAGACAGCAAGACUUUAGUUUUAUUGAUAAGUGGUCCUCUUUUUGGGGUUGCUGUGUCUUGCUGAUGCUGGAGGACCUUCACCCGUACCAGGGAAGGUGCCACCAUCUUAUCUACAAACAUAGAUAGAAUUCUACAGGGAGGUAACAGUACGACUUUACAGCAGUCCACAGAGCAGGUAAGUAGAGUAGAUUAAUGUGGUCGUGGAAUCCAUUAAUCUAGCGGGGAAAUUAGCUGAUCUGCUCACGCCAAACAGAGUGGUGAUGGAAUGCUGACUAGAUUUUCCAGUUGUUUUCGCCUUGUUUUUGUUUUGCCUAAAAUGCCAAAUCUGGCACACAUGUAGACUAUUUAAUGGUGACUCCUGGAAUUUUGCCCAGCAGAGCCGUGACAGCCCACAGUGGCAGUGUGCAGGGUAAGUCCCUGGUGGUGACAUUGGGAACUGCAGUUCUCAACAAACAUCAAAGAAUGCUGACACCACCAUCAUGGCAGCACAACUUCACCCUCACUACACUCUACAAUAUUAAUGAACUCAGUGUCAUUUAAAAGCUUUGAUUAGCAUGACAGGAAUAAUAAAGCAGGGUUCCAGCCCCUCGCUCUCUCCACGUUGACAUCCAAACCACACAGAACCAUAUUUACUGUCUGCAGAGUCUGUGGACCUGCUGUCUGUUGAGCCACUGCACACUGUGUUAAGAUCUCAGGGACAGAGAAGAACUGAAUCUGCUUUGAGAGAACCUCUAGGCUGCUAUAUCUGAACUUAUGGACUGUAGAUUGAAGAUUAGCCUCGGGACGGCCCUGCAAACACAGUCAGCCUCUCCAGAAUGACUUGAUGUUUGUGCUCGCAACAUGUGCCAGCUGCAUCCAAAGACUGUACUCAGGACUAAAACUGUGAACCAGAAACUAUGUAAUUGUUUUUUCAAUGUUCCUGAACAGAAAUGUUUAUAAGAAAUAAGUGUAACUGGAUAAUAAUGGGAUUUGUUGUUGUUUUUCAUUACAUAUUAAAACGUUUUCUGCUGGUAAUAA